AUGUCAAAUUCGACCUUAACUUGCAUCAAAGAUGAUCCAGAGGCUUUAUUUCUCGUAAAAGAUUAUCAUCUCGCCGGAUUGAUCAUUUUUAUUGUGGGUUUCUGUGGUGCAACCGCUAACUACAUGGUCGUCUUUUUGAUUGAUAAGGUGUCAUCCCUUCAAAAUGCUUUCGGUCGUUUAACUCUGAAUCAAGCUAUUGGAGAGGCCAUGCAUCUCACCGUUUUCACCUUCUAUUUUGCACCUACAGUUUUCUUUGACAUAAAAUUCCUAAAAAGCGAAGCUGUCUCGCGAAUCUUUGGUCAUAUAAAUCUCGUCUGUUAUGAUAUUUGCAUAUACAGUCAUUUGGUGAUCUCGUUGAAUCGUUUAACGGCUAUCUAUUUCCCGUUCAAAUACAAUAACAUCUUCACCGAGGGUUUCAUCCAAAAGAUCGUCAUUUUCAUCUGGCUUUUCGCCAUUCUUCCCACUUUUUAUCUCUACAUUAUUGAGGAUUGCCGUUUUAUCUACUCAGAUGCUUUCUGGAAUUUCACCUUUACUUCUUCAAAAGUUUGCCAAUUCAUCACUUGGUACACUGAUUUCUUAAAAUAUGUUUCGACGGUUUGUGUGAUCGCUAUCAUUGAUAUAAUCACGUUUGCAAAAGUGCGCUUUUCAUCAAGCAAGGUGAACAUCAGCGAUGCGCAAGCAAGAAGGAAACGCCAUGAUGAGAUCAAUUUCGUUAAACAGGUUUGCCUUCAAGGAGUGGUUUUUGUGUGCGAAUUGGUCACCUAUUUCGUUCUUGUCAACUACGUUGAAGGAAAAUGGCAACGCUUCUUUCUCACCACUUUCGCUUGGGAAAUGGUUCACUCAUGUGAUGGCUACAUUACACUCCUUUUCAACAAAGGUUUCUUCCGUGCAAUCCGGUCAUCAAUGAAAACAAUCACUCACUCCACUCACUCAAAUCCAUCCGAUACUUAUCAUCCAAAAGAAACGAACACAAAACAU